UCAACCAUGCACCCCAUUGUCAUAUACGUUCUCCCGGCUUGUAUUGCCGUUUAUUUACUUCUCUUCACACUUCUUCGAGUCACACAGAAUCGAAAUGAACCCCCAGCUAUUGCUCUCAGUAUUCCUUUCCUCGAACCAGUAUGGGGAUUCAUGACUAGGAAGGUCAACUACCUUCACGAGCUUAAGAACCAAUGUCAGAUGCCCAUAUUCACACUGCGAAUGCCUUUUCUCAGACAAUAUGUCAUCACCUCACCAGCAUUGAUCCACGCCGCCCAGCGACAGGCCAACGCCCUCAACUUCGGUCCCGUGGCGCGAGACUUCGGUUUUCUAUUCAGUGGUCUGCUGAAAAGCUCGCAAGAAACACUCAUCAAAGCGUACGCCGCAGAGGGCAAUGGUUUCACCAACAUCAUCCAUGAAAACCUCAAGCCGGGUGAUUACUUGGGAAGCGUGUCGAAGGAUGCCCUCAUCGCAUUGAAGUCCACCCUGCCUUCAAUGCUCGACGCACCGAAAGGCCAUACCGACCUGUACGACUCCAUCCGCCGUCCGUUGACUCUCGCUCUCACAGAUGCUUUAUAUGGACCCCACAACCCCUUCCGCGAUCCUCAGGUAGAGGCAGAUUGGUGUGCAUUCCUCCCCGGAAUCAAGGCCCUCCUCUUCGCUCUCCUCCCGAACAUCACAGCACGAAAGGCGAUGCAGGCCCGCACCCGCGUCACCGAAGCCUUCAUGAGAUACUUUGAGAACGGCGAGUACGGACAGGCGUCGCCCUUAAUCCACAAGAUGUUCCUCAAGAAUAAAGCUUACGGGCUAAAUCUCUAUGAGGUGUCUAAGAUGGAAAUCGCGACCGCUCUCGCUGUGCUCAGCAGCGGAUCCAUCUCCGCCUUCUGGCUGACGUUCCACAUCUUCUCCGACUCGACCAUCCUUGCUGCGAUUCGACAAGAGAUCAUGGACAAGCUAGUCACCGUGUCGGAGGACGGUACUCGUAGGGUGGACGUCAGUCUCAUUCGAACUGAGUGCCCCAUCUUGUAUUCGACGUUCCAAGAGAUGUUCCGAUACCACUCGUCCGUCAUCUCUGCAAAGCAGGUUAUAAACGACACUGUCCUGGACGGAUAUCAUCUUAAGAAGGACGCAGUGCUCAUGAUCCCCGGGCCAGUCGUGCACAAGGACCACGCUGUCUGGGGUCCCAGUGCGCACGAGUUCGACUACCUUCGUUUCACGGACGCUCGUCGCGACGUCGUAGUCAAGCCGAAGAACAUUGGCACGUCUGUAUUUAGGCCCUUUGGUGCUGGGAGUACGAUGUGCCCAGGUCGGUUCUUCUCCACCAAUGUCAUCUUAACAUAUGCUGCCAUGAGUGUCCUUCAGUUCGACAUCAAGCCCGUCAACGGCGUGUGGACGAUGUCGACGAAGAAGAAGGCAGAUCUCUGGAACGCGAUGCCGAAGCCUGACUUCGACGUCCCAGUCAUCAUCACGCCUAGAAUUGAUGAGAAGUCUGGGCCUUUGGAGUUCGUUUGGGGUGAUUAA